AUGUGGAUGUCUCUUCGAAUGAUGUUGGCAUUGAGGAAUCAUUUUUAGGCUUUUUGAAUGUUGAUGAUACAACUGGCCAAGGACUUUUUGAUGUUUUACAAGAUGAAUUAAAAAAAUUGAUUCUUGAUAUAGAUGAUGUAAGAGGUCAGGGAUAUGAUAACGGAUCAAACAUGAAAGGAAAACAUCAAGGAGUUCAAAAAAAAAAUGUUGGACAUAAAUCCAAGAGCUUUUUAUGCACCAUGUGGGUGUCAUAGUCUUAAUUUGAUAUUAUGUGAUAUGGCUAAUGCUUGUGGUAAGGCAAGAGAUUUUUUUGGAAUUGUUCAACGCAUUUACACAAUUUUUGCGAAUUCAACCAAAAGAUGGCAGGUUUUGAAAGACCAUGUUAAGGGAUUAACUCUGAAAUCAUUAUCGGCCACUCGUUGGGAGAGUCGCAUUGAAAGUGUGAAAGCUAUAAGGUUCCAAAUUGGGGACAUUCGUGAAGCUUUACUUGAGAUAUCUGAAAAAGAUAGUGAUUCUAAAAUCUGUAGCGAAGCGAAGUCAUUAGCGUUGCAUGAACUAAGUAAUUUUGAAUUCUUAGUGGCAAUAGUUAUUUGGUAUGAAAUCAUAUAUCAUGUUAAUUUGGUCAGUAAGACUUUGCAAUCAGAGAGCAUGCUUAUAGAUGUUGCUAUUCAAGAGAUAAAGAGUUUGAUUACUUUUUU